CUCUCUCAAAGAUCGGAAGCGGAGGUGGUCAUUGGAAAUAUUGCGCCGCGUUAGGUGUACCCAGCCAUGGAGUCAACGGAUAAGAACGAUGCUAUAAAGCUCUUUGUGGGGAACCUGGCUUUGGACACCUCUCAGGAGGACCUGACACAGCUCUUUGGGCCAUACGGACAGGUGGUCACCUGUAGUGUACUCAGGCAGUUUGCCUUCAUCCAUCUCCAGGGAGAUGGUGCUGCUGAUCUAGCCAUAAGGGAACUGAAUGGACGGGAGUUCCGUGGCCGCAACCUGGUGGUUGAAGAGUCCCGCGGAAGGCCCAUGCAUUCCACCAAGGUGUUUGUGGGGAACCUCAGUGCCAUGUGUUCUGCCGAGGACCUGCAAGAGCUCUUUCAGACCUUUGGGAAAGUUCUGGAGUGUGAUAAGGUUAAAGCGAGGCUCUCCUCCUCUGCGGGCUAUGCCUUUGUACACAUGGAGCGGAAGGAGGAUGCAGUGCAGGCUAUCGAGGCUCUCCAUGGGACCACCUUCAAAGGCCGACCGCUCUCUGUGGAGCUUUCCAAUGUGCAGCCCAGUAAUCCUACCACAACUACAGCCAAGGCCCCCAUCAUGAGUCACUAUGCCACUGAAAGCCUCUCCAUCAAGCCCCAUAUGGAGCACCACCAGAGUCAGGCUGCUGUACUGGCUGCUGCGGUUGCUGCAGCUGCAGGUCUGCCUCUUCAGGUGCAGCAGAGCUUGCACAACUCUGUCUACAACACAACAAGCUUUGAUCCCACGUAUGCUGCACUAAAGGGCAUGACGGCAGCCAGCGCCACAGAUGGUACCCCAGUGAGCCCUGCUGUCUAUGGUGCCCUCGCCAGCCAGGUGUACGGCUCUGUAGCAGAUCAGGUAUACGACUCUAUAGCGAACCAGGCCUCCAGCUAUCAUAAUUCAGCCACACCGGACGCAGCAGGCUACAGUAACCAGUACGACCCCACAGCUGGAGAGGCACCGUCAGCCCAGGCUGCUGUCAACCCGGCCUACGGUGGGGCAUCGGCCCUCUACAACGCCAGCUCAGCCUAUGGCUCCAUGGGGGGCGCAGAACCCACUGCCCAGGCCAUCUUUGAGGCAGCACGGGCCCGCUUCUUCCAGCAGGGCCAGCAGGUUCUAGCUGAGCAGCAGAUGGGGACUAAGUCAGGGGACAGGGACCGCAGCCCAGUACGCCGCUCCACCCCACUGCUGCCUGACCCCGUGCCCCAGCCCUUCCCCCAGCCACGCCCCAAACGCCGCGCCCUCCUCCCAACGCCACCCGGCCGACCAGAGGACCCCGCUGCUGAUAGAGACCCCAUUGCCAGAUGCUAUGCAGAGUACUAUCAGCAGGUCCAGCAGUACCAACAGUACCAGCAGUACCAACAACAGUACCAGCAGUACCAGUAUGGCUACCCACCUCCAGCCCCGACCCAGAUGCCCCCCACGAUGCCCACCUACCAGAUGCCCAUGCAGGCCCCACCCCCGACCGAGGCCCACAACCUGGCAGCGCCUGCUACCUACGCCCCAGCUAGAGCGUAUGAACCGCCUCCAUCACACAAGGAGCCCCUCCUCCGCCGCCCUGACUACUCCCACAUGCCAGAGCCCCGAUAACCCUUUAGAUUGCAGUGUGUAUGUGAAUGUCUAUGUGAGUGUGUGGGUUCUGAGUGAUGUAUGUGUGACAGUAGUUGUGGUCCAAAAGUGCAUCACUGGAAGUUUGCCCAUUUAUAAUUCCCCUGUUUUGCAGCUUCUCUUUUCUGAACACAAUUCUGACAAGUUCAUUUUUUACUUUAUGGUAGGCCUGGUCUUGCUUUGAUAAGAACGCUGCCCCACAAUGCAGUGAACUGUAUUGUGAAGUCGUUAUGGUUGUAAGGAAGUGUAUGAUUGUAAUGCGUACUGGGGGCUCUGUAAUGACAGCUAUUCCUUACACAUACCCGUCCCAUAAAUUGUAAAAAAUGCGAGAAUAUUCAUCCAUACCAGAGGAGUGCCUUGUUAAAAGCCUAGUUGAAAUAUAUUGUAAAAGAAAUGUGUAUAUAUUUGAGCAAUGAAAGGAAGCGCCCAAAUCGAUCCAUGCAUUUUUUUAUCAGACCGUUCCCCCUGUCCUCGAGGUGACGUUAGCUCAUCCAAAUGAGCCAUUAGUUUGCAUACACUACAUGGUCAAAAGUAUGUGGACACCCUUCAAAUUAGUGGAUUCUGCUAUUUUAGCCACACCCGUUGCUGAAAGGUGUAUAA